AUGCGUCGUGUGGGAGUACCAGAUGGCCCAAUCAGCUAUUUUAACACACGCCAAGAAACUGAACGUGAUUUCCAGAAGAUGGCGACCGCUCUGGUGGCGUCAACUUCAGUUCCUGCAAAUCCUGAAAAGGAAAAAUGCGAAACAGCCAUUGAAAAGGUUGUGAGUCCUGAAGCAUACAUCAAGCACCCACUGCAAAACAAGUGGGCUCUUUGGUUUUUCAAGAAUGACAAAAGCAAAACAUGGCAAGCCAACCUUCGUCUCAUCUCUAAGUUUGACACUGUGGAAGACUUCUGGGCAUUAUACAAUCACAUUCAGCUUUCAAGUAACUUGAUGUCUGGAUGUGACUACUCGCUGUUUAAGGAUGGAAUUGAGCCCAUGUGGGAGGAUGAAAGGAACCGACGAGGUGGCCGCUGGCUGAUAACUCUGUCCAAACAGCAACGCAAAUCAGACCUGGACCGGUUCUGGUUGGAGACGCUCUUGUGUCUUGUGGGUGAAGCUUUUGAUGACUACAGUGACGACGUGUGUGGAGCCGUCAUUAACGUCCGAGCCAAAGGAGAUAAAAUAGCAAUAUGGACCACAGACUACGAAAACAAAGAGGCCAUCACACACAUAGGGCGUGUGUAUAAAGAGAGAUUAGGCGUUCCGCCAAAAGUGAUCAUUGGAUACCAGUCACAUGCUGACACAGCCACAAAGAGUGGCUCCACAACCAAGAACAAGUUUGUUGCCUGAGGACCGUUACCCAGAAUCAUCAGCCAUGCUUUUUUUUUCUUGUUGCCAGCAUAGAUUUUCUGUCAUUUCUCCCUUUCUAUGUAACUGAUAUGUUUACCCAUCAACAAAGAUUUGAAGUGGAGAUAAAAUUGCUUCCCUUUUGUUUGCCUGUUUGUUGCCAUUUUACCAAAGCUUUUGUUCAUGGUGAGAGUAUGUGCAGUUAAGAUGUAGCACUAUCGUUUGAGAAUUCUAUGAUUUUUUUUUUUCUUCCUGGUGGUGGGCUGCAGAUGAGUAAAAUAUGUUUUGACGCCCAUUUUUCAUUUUCAAAUACAACUGCAUAUUUCUGGUGAAUUUUUGAAUCAUUCAGCCCUUAGUGUAUAUCAAUUAUUUCUGUUAAAAAUACAUAAGAUUAAAGGCAAAAUAGCAAAGUAAAAUCUUCAGUAUAAACUGUAGCUUUUUGUUAGUACUGUACAUGCUACUCAGUCAAUUUACAGUAUAAAUAUGUGGAUUUAUUGUACAUUUUGUUGCACUGUCAAAUUUUAAACUAUACACUGGGUUUUUAACCCACACCUUCUGAAAAAGAACAGCAAGCAAUUUGAUGGGGAAACUUUUUUGAAUUUGUCCUGUUUUCAUAGAAAUGUAAGAAGAGUUUGAGAAUAUUUUGACGUCUUUGUGCAGUUAUCAGCAACUCAAGCAGCUUGUACAAAAUGCAGUGUUAAAACUGAGAUGUUCACAGUUUUGAAGAGUGGAAAAUAUAUGUAGACACUCGCGGUGCUUCAUAAUGAGCAUCUAAAGAUUUUGAAGUUGCCACUCGAGUAAAUUACAGAUUUCACACUACAAUGGGCCAGGAAGCCCACAUAAUCCUGUGGCACCUCAGAUUUAUCACUUGAGCAAAAACAAUAUAUAAAUGCCAGCUAUUCAAACCUAAGCUGCUAGCAUACCUUUGUAUUUCUCAGAUGAAUAUCUAGAAUUUGAGCUUCAGAGUAUAAAAAGUUGUCCUGACAACAGCAUUUUGUACCACAGUAUGAAUACAUUGAGGACAUUUUCCAAAUACAAAUGUUAUUGUUAUUGGGAUGGUAUUUCAGAUUUUUGUUUUGUAAGCGCACAAGCCAUAUGACGGCGUAAAGUGUUCAUUUUGAAAGUUUACAUUUUUGUUUGGUAUGGGUUUUGAUGAUCUCGUUAAAAGUGCUGUAAAGCACUGCUAUAAAGUUUACAUAGUAAAAUUAUUUCCAUUCCAGAUUUUCUUUUGUAUGUGACAUAAGCAAAAAGAAUAGUUUUUGGAGGGAUUGAACUGUGCCUUGAAUGUAACACCCUGCUGCAUAUUUCUGAGCAGUAAAUGUACAAAGGAUGUACUGUAAAUAAACAUGUACAGUAGAUUGUGUUCUUUCA